GAGAGUCUAUCUGGAAAAUAAACAUCAAUUCAUGGAUAUUUUGAGCCGAAUUAUCGAUAAACCUUAUAAAGACGCGUGGGAAAAGUCACAAAAGAUUCAAGAUCUUGUCAGUCUCGUAGAGGAUGUAGGAAGAACACUUCUUCUGUCACUAGAACACGCUAACCAAACAAAUCAAGAUAAUUAUUAUACAACGCCAAAUAUCGAUAUCGUUGCAAAUUUUUCCAGUGGUCAGCAAGUUACCAUCAGUUUUAAUGAUACUGCACUACAAAUCACCCCAACAAUGUUUGGUACAAUUGGCGCAUCGGCAUUAAUAUACAAACAAAUCAACGACAUCUUCCCAUCAGCAAAAGAAAGAAAAGUUUCAUCCCAGACCCCCAUGACGGUUGGCUCUUCUGUUCUAUCUGUCGUCGCAAGGCAUAAUGGGAAGGAGGUCCACAAUAUCAAUGGAACAUUACAGUUUAAAGUAGAUAAAAGUGCGAUAAACACAGCGCAUUCGUUGUGUGUUUACUGGCAAGAAAAUUCUAACAUAUCAUUAGGAGGGGCCUGGUCAACACGUGGUAUUAGUAUGAUUGACACCCAUCAUGAUAAUGUCACCRAUGCUACUUACUAUACCUGUCUAACCAAUCAUCUUACAAACUUUGCUAUCCUUAUGGAAACAUCAGAUUACAAGAUAUCCCAUUCUGAUAAGGUCGCACUUGAAAUCAUCACCUAUGUUGGAUGUUCAUUAUCAUUGGCCUGCUUGUUACUUACUAUAUGCACACUACCAUGCAUAAGGCUAAGAGAAAUUCGCUUCAAGAUUCAUCUUCACCUGUGCAUUGCACUCGCAGCAGCACAGAUUGUUUUUCUUGCAGGAAUAAAUGCUGUCACAGAAAAGAUUCCGUGUAUGAUGGUGGCAAUAAUGCUACAUUAUUUUUAUACCGUGGCGUUCUUAUGGAUGUUAGUAGAGGGAGUACAUCUUUAUCAGAAAAUUGUUGUCGCAUAUGAGAAAAAGGUGGUCAAGAAAAAACAUUAUUACAUGAUUGCAUGGGGUGAGUAG